AUGUCGUUCGCCCCGCCGCCUGGACCCCCUCCUCCUUCUGUCCCGGAGGGGUGGACAACACAGUUCGACGAUACAUAUAAGCAAUGGUUUUUCAUCAACCUGACCACAGGCAAAUCCCAAUGGGAGCCACCCCAAUCCACCCCAGCACCUACACCACAAGCCCCAGCACAAGCCCCAAUACCCGCGUCAGAGCAACCACACGCAGAUCAACCAGGCGCACCGCCGCCCUCAUAUGAAGAAUCUGGGCCCGGCAAUCCAUCCACCGUCGCCGACGCUGAAGACUUUGGCAAGAAAAAGGCCAAUUACUUCUCAUCAAACAAUCCAUACAACGGCGAACCGGCUUCCGGCCCGGGAGCAUCUGGAGCAAGCGCCAAAGACACCACCGAAAGCGACGCCGCGCUAGCAGCGCGGCUGCAAGCCGAAGAAGACGCAAGGUCCAGUUCCACAGGGCCUGGCACGGCAGCAGGCUACUACGACAAUGACACCCCACAUUCUCCAACAUCCUCCUUCCCAGCGGGGGACAGAGAUAAAGGCAAAGACAAGAAGAAGGGCUUCUUCAGUAAGCUCAUGGGCAAGGCUUCAUCCAGUCAGGGAUACUCCAGUCGCCCGCCGGCAGCGUAUGGAGGAUACCGCCCCUCUCAACCCGGAUAUGGCGCUCCCAGUCCUGGUCCUGGGUACGGGGCCCCCGGUGGAUUUUACCCGCCCCAACAGGGAUAUGGACCUGGGCCUGGCUAUGGCGCUGGAUAUGGGCCGCAGCCCGUUUACGGAUACCCGCAGCAACCCUAUUAUGGCGGGGGGAUGCAGCCGCAAAGACGGCCAGGUGGGGGGGGGAUGGGGAUGGCUGGUGCGGCGGCGCUGGGUGUAGGAGGCGGGUUGCUUGGAGGUGCGCUCCUAGCAGAUGCGAUUGACGACCACCAUGACCAUGAUGAUUAUGGAGGCGAUUAUGGUGGUGGUGGUGGAGAUGACUUUGGUGGAGGUGAUUUUUAG